CCAUGGUACGGCCGCCCCCUGCCGGCCACUUUUCCAAGCCCCCUCUAGGCGUUAAUUGCCCGGCCAGCGACCGCCCCUUCUCUCGGGAGCUGCCGGAAAACCGGGGUUCCCACUCUUGGGGUGAACCAAUGGUGCAGCACUGCAUUGGGGGAAUGUGCAGAGCCCAUCUCCAAUAAUUCUGGUUAGCGAGCACUUACUGUUCCAACAUGGUCCAGCAUUGUGCAGCCAUAAACCGCUCUGUGCAAGUUGUUAACCUAGACCCUGCAGCAGAAUACUUCAAUUAUCCUCUGAUGGCCGACAUUCGAGAAUUAAUUGAAGUGGAUGAUGUUAUGGAAGAUGACUCCUUAAGGUUUGGUCCCAAUGGUGGUUUAGUAUUUUGCAUGGAAUACUUUGCCAAAAACUUUGACUGGCUUGAGGAUUGUCUUGGCCAUGUGGAGGAUGAUUAUAUACUCUUUGAUUGCCCAGGUCAGAUUGAACUCUAUACUCAUUUGCCAGUGAUGAAACAGCUGGUGGAGCAGCUGCAGCAGUGGGAAUUCCGUGUCUGUGGAGUUUUUCUUGUUGAUUCUCAGUUUAUGGUGGAAUCUUUUAAGUUUAUUUCCGGUGUCUUGGCAGCCCUCAGUGCAAUGAUAUUGUUAGAGAUUCCACAGAUCAACAUCAUGACCAAAAUGGAUUUGUUGAGCAAGAAAGCUAAAAAGGAAAUUGAAAAGUAUUUAGAUCCUGAUAUGUAUUCUGUGAUCGAAGAUUCUGCAAAUAUACUAAAAAGCACAGUGUUCAAGAAACUGACUAAAGCUAUAUGUGGAUUGAUUGAUGACUACAGCAUGGUUCGAUUUUUACCUUAUGAUCACUCUGAUGAAGAAAGCAUAAAUAUUGUGCUGCAGCACAUAGACUUUGCCAUUCAGUACGGGGAAGAUCUAGAAUUUAAAGAACCAAAGGAAAAUGAAGACGAGAAACCUGCUACUUUAGAUGAAUAUUUUCAAGACCAAGUGGAUGAGUAAAGAGUGUAUAUACCAAAAGAAGAGAAAAAAUAGCCUGGUUGCAAAAUAUGCCUAAAUAAGGAAUCCUUCUCUGAAUAUUCGUGGGUGUUGGGUUUUUUUGUUUGUUUGUUUUUUUAAAUAUCAAAACUAUAAUUUGAAUAAAUGGCUAGAGGAA